CCGGCAUCCGCCCGUCCGGACCCUCCCCAUUCAGUCGCCCUCGUCAUCGGCGUUUCGCUUGUGGACCGUCCGUGCCGUUUCAUCCUCGACGUCUUGAUCGCCGCCGUCGCCGUCGCCGUCAGCAUGCCUGGGUAUUCCAGUGAGAGGGACCGCGGGUUUGGUGGCCCUCGUUUUGGAGGAAGUCGAGGGGGAUCUUUAGGUGGGAAGAAGUUUGGGAACCCUGGAGAAAAGCUUACAAAGAAAAAAUGGAAUCUAGAUGAGCUUCCUAAAUUUGAGAAGAACUUCUACCAGGAACAUCCUGAUGUUGCCAGACGUCCUAUGCAAGAGAUUGAACAAUACAGAGCAGGAAAAGAGAUCACAGUUAAAGGCCACAAUUGUCCAAAACCAGUUAUGAAUUUCUAUGAAGCUAACUUUCCAGCAAACGUUAUGGAAGUUAUUCAGAGACAGAACUUUACGGAACCAACUGCUAUUCAGGCACAAGGUUGGCCUGUUGCCUUGAGUGGACUGGAUAUGGUUGGCGUAGCACAAACUGGAUCGGGGAAAACACUGUCUUAUUUGUUGCCUGCUAUAGUACACAUAAACCAUCAGCCAUUCCUAGAACGAGGAGAUGGGCCCAUUUGUUUGGUGCUGGCACCAACUCGAGAGCUGGCUCAGCAGGUGCAGCAAGUGGCUGCAGAAUAUGGCAGAGCCUGCCGUUUGAAGUCUACUUGUAUUUAUGGAGGUGCUCCUAAGGGACCACAAAUACGUGACCUGGAAAGAGGUGUGGAGAUUUGCAUUGCAACACCUGGUAGGCUCAUAGACUUCUUGGAAGCUGGAAAAACCAAUCUCCGGCGAUGCACUUACCUCGUUCUUGAUGAAGCUGACAGAAUGCUUGAUAUGGGAUUUGAGCCUCAGAUUCGAAAAAUUGUAGAACAGAUUAGACCUGACAGGCAGACUCUGAUGUGGAGUGCAACAUGGCCCAAAGAAGUUAGGCAGCUUGCAGAAGAUUUCUUAAAAGAACAUGUACACAUCAACAUUGGCGCAUUGGAACUAAGUGCAAACCACAAUAUUCUGCAGAUAGUGGAUGUAUGUCAUGAUGUAGAGAAAGAUGAUAAGCUUAUUCGGUUGAUGGAAGAAAUAAUGAGUGAGAAAGAAAACAAAACUAUUGUCUUUGUGGAGACCAAAAGAAGAUGUGAUGAUCUUACUAGAAAAAUGAGGAGAGAUGGCAGGUGGCCAGCAAUGGGUAUCCAUGGUGACAAAAGUCAACAGGAACGUGACUGGGUUCUAAAUGAAUUCAAACACGGAAAGGCUCCUAUCCUGAUUGCUACAGAUGUUGCCUCCAGAGGUCUAGAUGUGGAAGAUGUGAAAUUUGUCAUCAAUUAUGACUACCCUAACUCCUCUGAGGACUAUAUCCACCGAAUUGGACGAACUGCCCGCAGUACCAAAACAGGCACAGCAUACACAUUCUUUACACCUAACAAUAUAAAGCAAGUAAGCGACCUCAUCUCUGUACUUCGUGAAGCAAAUCAGGCAAUCAACCCAAAAUUGCUCCAGUUGGUUGAAGACAGAGGUUCAGGUCGUUCCAGAGGUGACCGACGUGACAGAUACUCUGCGGGCAAAAGAGGUGGAUUUGGUUUUAGAGAGAGGGAAAACUUUGAAAGAACCUAUGGUGCAGUGGGCAAGAGAGACUUCGGUGCAAAAGCUCAGAAUGGUGGCUAUGGUGCUCAAGGUUUUGGUAACGGAACUGCCUUUGGAAACAACUUUGGAGGAGCUGGCAUGCAGGGUGGAUUUAGGGCUGGCACACCAGCUUACCAGAAUGGUUAUGAUCAGCAGUAUGGGAAUAACAUGGCAAACAUGCACGGUGCAAUGAACCAGCAGCAGUAUGCGUACCCUGCAACUGGCACCACGCCAAUGAUAGGUUAUCCAAUGCCAGCAAACUAUACCCAAUAACUUAGAAGUAUAUUUAAGUGUCUUGUUUUUCAUAAUUGCUCUUUAUAUUGUGUGUUGAGACAGGAUAGUUAUUUAAAAUCUUAUGGAACAUGCAGACGUGUCUGCAGUGCAGCUGUUAACUAUGGUGCACUUUUCCGCUAUUUAAGUUGAAUAUUCUCUACAUUCCUGAACAAUUUUUAGUUUUUUGUACUAGAAAAUGCAGCCAGUGUUUUCACAAAGUAAAUGUACAGUGAUUUGAAAUACAGCAACUGGGGGCAAUGCAUGGCCUUCCAAUAAAGAUAUUUGAAAACACAA